UAUGCGCGACAAGACAGAGGGUUGUAUGGCGGCACACACAUCCAAUACGGCAACAACGUACCAGACUCCAAGACCAAGACCCGUCGGAGAUGGCUGCCCAAUGUCCAUCGACACUCUCUUCGCUCUGAUAUCCUCAAUAAACACAUCAGUCUGCGUAUCCAAACGGGCGUCUUGCGCACAAUCAAGAAAUACGGCAGCUUGGAUGCAUUCCUG